UUUUUUGUAUUCUCUCUUUUCAAUUUGGCCAAAUCACCCAUUUUAUAUUCAUCCAAUUUUUUUGUUUUCACCAAGGCUCUAAUUUUCUGCUGCUUUUGUUUCUUAUUUACUGCUUGUUUCUUGUUUUAAAUAAUUUAAUGUGCGCAUUUUUUUCUGUUAAUUCGAUUUACUCCUUUCUUUUUACUUCCUUUCCCUCACUUUUAUUUUCCUCUUUUUUGUUAAAAUUUUAUGGGUAUAUUAUUUAAAUAAAAUUAGUGACAAAUCUAAUUUUGUAAAGAAAAAGGUUGAAAAAAGAUUAAAGAAAAUAAAAGCUUUAUUUAAUUAUUUAAUUUAUUUAAAUUAAAUUUUAAAAGAAAAAAAGAGAUGUUAAUAACAUUUUUAAUAUUUUUUAUUUAUUAUUAAUUGAACUAAAAUUUAAAACAAUUAUGUGGUUUGAAGACAGAAGCUUGUCAAAUAUGAAAUUAUCUUCUCUAAUUGUUGAAGAAUGGAGGGAUAUUUGGUCAUCCAAAGGAGAAUUUAUUGUUGCAGCCUUAGCCUACCUUUUUGGAUUUACAAAUCUUUUAAAUAUUCCCCGGCUAAUUUUAGAUAAUGGAGGACCAGCCUUUUUAUUUGCUUAUUUAAUUAGUUUAUUACUAAUUAUUUUACCUAUUCUUUUACUUGAAUUGUCUAUUGGACAGUUAACUGGGAGAGGGCCUGUACAAACUUUUUAUAAUAUUUGUCCUGUUUUUAAAGGUGUUGGAAUCUCACAAAUUUUAUUUUCAAUUAUUUUAAUGGCAAUGAUGACUCGUUUUCUAGGAUCUGUAUUUCUUUAUAUUUUUCAUUUAUUUUGGACAAUUACUGAUGACCAUCCUGGACUUCCUUGGCUUAAUUGCAAAAACUUUCCCGAAUAUCAAUUUGGAACUUGUAUUGAAUCUUCCUCUAUUUUACCAAUAAACAAUAAUUCAACUAAUUUUUAUCAAAAUAGAUUAGCUACUUUUGAUGAAAAUUCUGCUUUUGAACAAUUUAUUGGAAUUAUUGAUGUAACAAGUGAAAGUAUUGACCAAAUAGGCAAAAUCCAAAUUAAUUGGUUAAUUGUUCAAUGUAUAAUUUGGGCUUUUGUUUUUUCUGGAAUUUGUUUUGGUGUUAGAUGGCUGGGGAAAAUUAUGAUUUUUUCAUUAUCAAUGUCACUAAUUUUGCUUUUAUCUCUUUGUGGAAGAACUUUAUUCCUUAAAGGAGCAUUUCAAUUAUUUUUUGAUUUAUUUAACGAAAUUGAAUGGUGGGAAAGAUUAAAAGAAUGGCAAUUAUGGAAAAAAGCUGUUGAACAGGCAUUUAUUGCUACAGGGCUUGGAUUUGGGGCUUUUUGUACUUUGGGGUCUUACAAUAAAAAAUCAAAUAAUUUAGUAAAAGACAGUAUUUUCCUCUUAUUUGGACAUAUUCUACUUGUAUCACUUCAAUUAAUUUUUGUUUUAUCGUUAGUUGGACAUAUCAGUGAAAAGAGUGGUCUUUUACCUAGUGAAAUUAUUGUUCAGGGAGAGAACCAAUUUAGACAAAUCCUUGUUUAUUUCUCUUUUAUUCCACACACAAAAAUAUUUACGGGAAUUCUUUUAUUUUUGGCCUCUUUUUCUCUUUUAAAUAUUCUUUUUAUUUUAUCCUUUGGUGUUCUAGCAACAAUAGAGGAUGCUUUGGGGGAAAAAUGGUCAAAAUGUUGCCCUCGUUUUACUAUUGCUUUUUUAAUUUGUUGCUUUGGAGCUGCUUCAAGUAUUAUUUUUGCUACAGAAGCAGGAAAGCAUAUUUAUGAAUUAGCUAGUGGAUAUUUAAAAUAUUCAACUCUUUUGGUUAUUCUCUUUUUUGAAUUGCUUUCUGUUGCUUGGAUUUAUUGGAUACACUCAUUGGGUUUAGAUCUUCGAACAAUGAUUGCCUCAACAGCAAGUUGGAUUAUUGGACAUUCUCUUCUAUUCUUAAAUUGUUUUUUAACACCAAUACCAAUUGCAAUCGCCAUCAUAAAUCUAAUUGGAUAUUCAUUUUCUAAAUAUUCUCCCCAAAUCAGAGCUUGGUAUUGGAGUGAAUGGUUAGGUGUUUGUAUUGCAAUAAUCCCUUUACUUCCAAUAUUGUUUUGGGCAUUACUUGUUAUUUUUAAAAGUUGUAAUUACACACCAAGAAUUUCUCUUUUUAGGCGUCUUUCAAUGGCUUUUCGCUCUCCUUUAAAACACGAAUUAAUUAAAAGUAAUGAACGUUCAUCUACUGCUGUUCAGCAUAGAUUAAUGAGUUCGGGUGGAAAUACAAACCAAAAUAACCAAUCAUCUUAUCGUGGUGCUUCUACUGGAUAUAUAUUAUUGCCACAGGCACCAUUGGCACAACCAGAAAAUGAUGAAGUUGCAGGCCAAAGUAGCGCUCGCAAUCAUGGAAUCAAUCAACAACAAACAAACAAUUCAACAGCUUCUACAUUACGCGCGGCCGACAAUACAAAUUCUCGAAACGGAAGUGGUUAUCUUAUUGACGAUUAUAUGCACCAACAACAAUCGCCUAGUGUUUAAUAACAAAAAUUUUAUAUUUUUUAUAUUGUAUAAAAUUUAAUAUCAAAUCAAUGAAAAGUUUAUUAACACAAUACUCAUCCCAGUUUUAUAUUAAAAUUCCUUGUCAAAAUUAAAUUAUGUAUCUUAUUUCGUUUGUUUUUAAGUUUUUUCUCAUUAAAUUUCGCAUAAUUAUUUUUCAAUAAAUUAUCUGAAGUUCAAUUUGUUAAAUUUGUGGUCUUUAAUAUAGGUGCUUUUAUUAUUUCACCGGGACAGGCUCUUUCGUUUAGUUUUUAGGCUAACAAAAGAGAAAGAUUCGAACCAAUCCAUUUGUGAAAAGUGGAUUACAUUCGCUAAGAAUUACAGUAUUCUCUAAAAUACAUAUGCUGAAUGGAGCUCUUCAAGGUUGCCCCGUUAGAACUACCUCCCCCGUUACCGGAACAACUUCCCCCGUCAUUGGAACAACAUCCCUCACUUUUGGAACAACUUCUGUUGU